CACCCCCGCUGCGCCGCAAUAAAGCAUCCUUCCUCCCCCUCUCGCUUCACCGCCGCCGCCGCUUGUCUCGGUUCCGCCCCCAACCCAGAGGCAGAAACCCCGCCGAAAAACCCUAGCCAUGGACGCCGCCGCGCUGGAAGCGCUCAUCCUGGACCUCCACGCCAUCGAGGCCGUCAAGCUGGGUUCCUUCGUGCUCAAGUCCGGCAUCACCUCCCCCAUCUACCUCGAUCUCCGCACGCUCGUCUCCCACCCGCGCCUCCUCUCCGCCAUUGCGUUGCUCCUCCACGCCCUCCCCGCCACACACCCCUACGACCUCGUCUGCGGCGUCCCAUACACCGCGCUCCCCAUCGCCACCGUCCUCUCCGUCGACCGCUCCGUCCCCAUGCUCAUGCGCCGCAAGGAGGUCAAGGCCCACGGCACCGCCAAAUCCAUCGAGGGAUCGUUCCAUCCGGGUGACACCGUCCUCAUCAUCGAGGACCUCGUCACCAGCGGUACCUCCGUGCUCGAAACCGCCGCUCCGCUCCGCGCCGAGGGGCUCGUGGUCGCCGACGCCGUCGUCGUCGUCGACCGAGAGCAGGGCGGGAGGGAGAAUCUCGCCUCCAAUGGCAUCAUGCUGCACUCUCUCAUGACCCUGACGGAGGUGCUCGCCGUGCUUUUGAAGCACGGGAAGGUGAGCGAAGAGAAAGCGGAGGAGGUGAGGCUGUUCCUCAACGCAAACAGGAAGGUGGCGGUGCCGGGGGUGCCUGUAAAACCCAAGGUGAUUAGGAAAUCAUUUGAGGAGAGGGCGAGAUUGGCCACCAACACUAUGGGGAGGAAGCUCUUCGAGGUGAUGGAGGCCAAGCAGAGCAACCUGUGUGUAGCUGCGGAUGUUGGGACAGCAAAGGAGCUCCUUGAGCUGGCCGAGAAGAUCGGCCCCGAGAUUUGUAUGUUGAAAACUCAUGUGGAUAUAUUGUCUGAUUUCACACCAGACUUUGGCUCCAAGCUUCGCUCGAUUGCUGAAAAGCACAACUUUUUGAUCUUCGAAGACCGCAAGUUUGCUGACAUCGGAAAUACAGUAACAAUGCAAUAUGAAGGAGGAAUAUUCCGCAUAUUGGACUGGGCUGAUAUUGUUAAUGCACAUAUAGUACCUGGGCCUGGAAUCAUAGAUGGCUUGAAGCUGAAGGGUUUGCCUAAAGGAAGAGGGCUACUUCUGCUUGCUGAAAUGAGUUCCGCUGGCAACCUUGCCCAUGGAGAUUACACUGCUGCAGCUGUAAAGAUUGCUGAGCAGCAUUCUGAUUUUGUGAUUGGAUUUAUAUCCGUAAAUCCUGCAUCUUGGUCAGCAGCACCAUCAAGUCCAGCAUUUAUCCAUGCCACUCCUGGAGUUCAGAUGGUCGCUGGAGGAGAUGCUCUUGGGCAACAAUACAACACUCCUUAUUCUGUUAUAAACGACAGAGGCAGUGACAUAAUUAUAGUUGGACGUGGGAUUAUAAAGGCGAGUGAUCCUGCUGAGACGGCAAGGGAGUACCGCAUCCAAGGGUGGCAAGCCUACCAAUCGAGCUUGUCAUGAGGAUGUAUAAACAUCCCAGUAUAAGGGCAUUCAGGCCAUUGAUGUAAUAAGAGCUUGUCCCAGCGUCGCUGUGCUACAUCUACCCUAAUCAAUCCAUAUCACAUCGUUUGCUACAAUAA